UCUGGGUAGCGGUGUUUGGAAGCUCGUCCUACAGCGGUCCAAACUACGACAAUGCUGUCAUUUUGGAAACACCUGAAUAAAAGUUGUCAUGUUGCUUCGGGAGUUUCGCGUUCAUAUCUUGGCAGGUUUGCACGAAGCUUCCCUUCACGCUGCAGAGAAACUUCGGUUGCGUGCAGCGACUUCGGCAGACGAGUCCCGUCCGUAAUAAACGCCACCCGACCAUGCUCCAGGAGUGCUCGGUACAACGUGCCACCCAGCGCCGAGUUCGUCGCCAGGGUCUCCGGGAUCGCUACAAUGGCUAAAUUACCUUACCAAGAGACAGCCGAGGGACUGGAUGCUGCAUUUAUCGGCAUUCCCAUUGAUACCGGGACCUCCAACCGACCUGGGGCAAGGUUUGGCCCCCGGCAGAUUAGAGCAGAGUCCGCCUUGCUGAGGGCUUACAGCAGUGGCACUAGAGCAGCCCCCUAUGAGUCCCUUAUGGUUGCUGAUAUCGGGGACGUUAAUGUCAAUGUGUAUGACCUGAAGGACACCUGUAAACGGAUCAGAGAGGCCUACCGCAAGAUCUUGGUCCACGGCUGUAUUCCUCUGACCAUGGGUGGUGAUCAUACAAUUGCAUACCCAAUCCUACAAGCUGUUGCUGAGAAGUAUGGCCCAGUGGGUCUGGUCCAUGUAGAUGCCCAUGCGGACACAAGUGACGUCAUCCUGGGGGAGAAGAUUGGACAUGGGACUCCAUUCAGACGCUGUGUUGAGGAAGGGCUCCUAGAUUGCAAGAGGGUGGUUCAGAUUGGCCUGCGUGGUACAGGCUACUCGCCCGAUUCAUAUGAGUGGAGCCGGGCUCAGGGUUUCCGUGUUGUUCAAGCUGAAGAAUGUUGGUUCAAAUCCCUCACACCUCUGAUGGCUGAGAUUAGGUCUCAGAUGGGCAGUGGUCCCGUCUACCUCAGCUUUGACAUUGAUGCUCUAGACCCAGCCUUUGCCCCUGGAACAGGUACACCAGAGAUAGCAGGGCUUACAUCCAUACAGGGGGUUGAGAUCAUCCGGGGCUGCCGCAGUCUAAACCUUGUUGGUUGUGACCUAGUGGAGGUGUCCCCACCCUAUGACACAACAGGAAACACAGCACUCACUGGUGCCAACCUGCUUUUUGAAAUGAUGUGUGCCCUCCCUAAAACUAAACACUACUAAUAAGAAGAGGCCAUAAGCAACUUGUAC